AUGCCUCCUGUUUCCAAUUUGAUUGCCGCCUCACUCCGAUCCGUCUCGUUCGCGACUAAAUGGGCGACUGUUGCUGCAAACAUCCCAGAAAAGCCUCGAACGUUACCGACGGCUGGCUUUCCGCUAGUUGAGCCUGAUCAACUCAUCGAGGAAGAGGAAAUUCCCGACUACAAGCACAACCCUGAUCGAUUCUACCCCGUUCAAUUAGGCGAGGUUUUCAACGAACGCUAUCAGACAAUCGCAAAGCUCGGCUUUGGUACUUCGUCAACGACCUGGCUGGCCCGGGACCUGAGAGACCGCCGGUAUGUUGCCCUGAAAGUUUACGUCCACACAUCACGGGCCCACCGCGAACUUCCCUUUUACCAGCAUAUCCAACCGCAACUGAAGGAAACCCCACCAAGGGGACGUGUGAAUAUCAGGCGACUCCUAGACUCCUUCCAGAUCACCGGUCCCAUGGCACACAUCCCGCGCUCGUUUUCGAAGCAGCACAGUUGA